UUUCUCUCGCCGACAGKUUCGAAACUGUCGCUCAGAAGCUAACAAGCCGAGGCUGUCCGUCUGAGCCCAUCAGAACCAGCGUCUGUCUUUCUGUGUGACAGGAUGUCUGCAGAGGAAGCAACAUUUCAAAAUAUGCAGUCAGAAGAUGCAACUUUGUCACCAGAGGAGCAGCUCUCUCCUGAGGCUGAAAGGAUUUCAAGGGUUUUGGUAAACUGCAUCAGUCAAGUAAAAAUUGCAGCGUCUCUGCCUGCCAUCCUCCAGUUUUACAGCAAGUCUGAUGUUGUGGACCAGGACUUGAGCAGGGCCCUUCAAACACACCAGAUGUUAGCAGAAAGAUUGGAGAUGCUUGAAGGUCAGCAACAGAAACAGACCAAAAAAGAAAAGGGGAAAAUGGUUCAACUCAAAAAAGAUGUGAAAAACUCAGUCAGAGAUACUCUCAGGUAUUUCAAAAUCCAUCCAGUCGUGCUUUCAGGCCUCAGAGCAGAACUUAAUGUGGAAGUAGGGGAGAGUGAGUCCAUGUUAACUGAAAUGCUGGAAAAGUUUCAUGAUCACACAGUAAAAAAUCUGAUUUCUGGUCCUGAUGAGAACAAGCAUAAGGUCCUCCAAAGACAACCACGUUCAUCCUCUGGUAAAGUUCUGCAUGAUUUCAUUCCAACGGAGAAAAAUGUUGACAAAACCGUGAAACAACUGGAGCGACUGGGGGAAGAGAUUUUUAAWAAACAGGGCGCAAUAGCAAAUCUUCAAAAUUAUUUAGGCUUCCUUGAGAGACGAGCAAAAGAAAUAUCAGCUUUCUUAGAAAAGCAGGAUGAGCCUAAAUUAAGCUCCAAGCUGACCAGUUUAAACCAGGAAGCAGAUCAACGAAACGCUCAGCUCAACAACUUGAUGACUGAAAACCAGCAGACACAGAGGAUUAUCCAGAAGGAAAAUGAAAUGUUGGAGAGGGAAAUUGAAAGCUUACUUCAAACAUUCGAUGAGGACAUGGAAAAACUUCAGGCUGAGUUGGAGGGGGUUGAAAAGGAAUAUGAAAACGAGCAGGAGGACGUGACGAUGCUGCAGGAAUCCUUUUCUCUCCUGGAGGUUCAGAGCAACGAGAUCCAGGAGAGGUGGCGUCUGGCAGAGGAAACGAGAAAAGAGGAGCUCGGGCUGUUGGAGAGGAAAAGCAAUGCUGCUGUUGUUAUUCAGGCCUKGUGGAGAGCCUACAGAGUUCGCAAGGCCUUAAAGAAUAAAGAUGAAAGUAAGAAGGGCAAGAAGAGUAAAAAGAGCAAUAGCAAGGGCAUCAGCAAGAGCAUCAGCAAGGGCAACAGCAAGGGCAACAGCAAGGGCAUCAGCAAGGGCAUCAGCAAGGGCA